AUGCCUACCACAGAGUUGAAGCCCCAUGACUUGCUCAGAUCCUACGGCUUAUCUGAAGCAUUGGGCUUCCUCCCUCACACUGCACCGUUACGAAGGCUCACACCGGCCUACUAUGGUCCUUGGGAAGAUGCUGUCGGGGAUCUCCCAAAGCUCAUUAAUUCGCGAAAGAUCCGGUCAACCGUGGACAAGAUUCCUCUUCUGGAGACUUCGUACCUGAAAACCGAGCAAGAGUGGCGGAGAGCCUACGUCCUGCUUGGGUUCCUCACACAGGCAUAUAUCUGGGGUGAAGACACACCGGCACAGCGGCUGCCACCACAGAUUUCCAUACCGUUUCUCACAGUGUCGAAGUAUCAUGACUUGCCACCCACCGCAACAUACGCAACCCUUGUCUUGUGGAACUUCGCCUUCCAGUCACCUCUAUGCGACGUUACCAACCCUGUCAACCUUCGCUCGCUCCAGACCGUCACCGGGACCAAGGAUGAAGAAUGGUUCUACCUCAUCUCAGUGGCGCUCGAAUCGCGCGGCGGACCUAUCAUUCUGGAGUUGCUCAAUUGCAUCGAGGCUGUGAGAAGGCGUGACACGGCGGCAAUCGUGACACAUCUGGAGCGGACAACCUUGAACGUGCAGAGAAUUGGAGCUCUCCUAGAGAGGAUGUAUGAGCGCUGCGAUCCUCAAACAUACUACCAUGACAUCCGUCCGCUCCUGGCCGGGACUAAGAACAUGGCUACUUCUGGGCUGCCUAAUGGCGUGCUCUUCGACGAAGGAGACGGUCGUAGCCAAUGGCGGCAGUACAGCGGCGGUAGCAACGGGCAAAGCUCACUCAUUCAGUUCCUUGACAUUGCGCUCGGAGUUGAGCACCACGCGACUGGCGCGCCUCGAGGGCGCUCCACCCAAGAAGGCGUGAAGUCGAAGGCAAAUGCGUACAUCAAGGAAGUGCGGAACUACAUGCCUGGGGCGCACCGGGAUUUCCUCGUCUCCGUUGAGAAGAUUGCCAACAUUCGCGAGUAUGCAGUGUCUGGUGAUGCACCUGAAGCCGUUCGUAGGGCAUACAGCGAGACCGUGACAGAACUGUCUAAGUUUCGGGACAAACACAUUCAGAUCGUCACGCGGUACAUUAUCACACCGUCGAAAACGCCGGCCGCGGCUCAUGUGAAGAGGAAGACGGGCGUGAACCUGGCAACGGCAACCUCGACCGCCAGCACAUCUGCCGCCGAGGGUCCAAAGUUUUAUGGAACCGGAGGGACGGAUCUCAUUCCUUUCUUGAAACAGACUCGGGAUGAGACGAAAAGUGCAGCCUUGGCCUAG